AUGUCUACUCCAGCAGUCGCAGAUCCAGUUCCCGAGCAUCCUUUCCGAUCAGCUAGAGACGCGUUAUACGUACCACCGAACACUCGUAACUUCGGUCAAGCCCCAAAGCCAGGAGCACAAGAUGCAGCCUAUCGCAAUGCACCACCAGUCUACCAGCCGGAGCUUGCGACCACAGUUUUCGAACGGUCGAUGAAGUCGUCGGCUGUGACACUGUCCAUGGAGGAGUUACUAUCGAUAUCGCCAGAUGUGCGCAACAAGUAUCGCGAAGCGUGCACACCGAAGCGAGUAGUACCUCCUAGUGCGACCGGAAUGGCGACGAUCUUCGAGAAUGCGGAAGAUAGCAGCGCUACGAUCGGACAGGGAGAGGAGCUCACCUGUCGAGGAGAGCCUUUAGAGGCAACGGGCUCAGUCAUUCCCGAUCCCUACGAUGCCUAUUUGAAGCAUGUUCAUAGUGGAGAUGAGCCGGAGCAAUUAACGGUCGCAAAAGACUCGCACGCGUUGCGAUCGAUAGUCGCACUUAUCGACAACAAGGAGCGAGUACAGGCGAUCCUAGACCCAGGGUGCCAAAUUGUCGCGAUGUCGGAGGACGUCUGUCUCUCGCUGGGACUCAUUUACGAUCCAACGAUAAAGCUCAACAUGCAGUCUGCGAACGGAGAAGUUGACCAGUCACUCGGGCUGGUUCGCAACGUACCUUUCCAAGUCGGAGACAUAGUCCUAUAUUUGCAGAUCCAUGUCAUUCGUGCUGCAGCUUACGACAUUCUUCUUGGACGACCUUUCGAUGUGCUCACCAAGAGCGUGGUGCGCAACUUCUUCGAUGAGAAUCAGACCGUUACGAUCAGGACCACCGCGAGUCAGAGCACAGCAUUUCCGAUCGAAGGAUCCGGGUUUUCACUAACGGAAGAUAUGAGCACCGAAAGCAGCGGGAUGGCGUUAAUCAUUGAUGUAAGCAGCACAAAUACCCCUAUUAUAUCAGCCUAUUCCCCAGUCGUAUCUUCCGAUCCCGUUUCCGUUCAGUCAAGCUAUUUGCGAGCGUCAGGACAGGUCCUCGACGCAGUAUCAUCGUUGUACACAGUUACCUCAGAUUUCCGACCGACAUCUCGUACGUCAACUUCACGACUGCUACAGACGAUCCUAGGCCAAGGUUGCGAUCACGAGUCAAGCUCGAAAGCAGGUUAUGCGGCGACCAAGAAAAAGUACAAACCAGUCGCGCUCAAAACUCGACCAGUGAUCGCAUCGGUGCCCGAGCAAUUCCGAAUCGUUCGCCGGAUAGUUGGAGACCCGUUGCGACACCUACCCGAGCUUCCAGAGCGGCCAGGGCCAUUCUUUCCGACCGGUCGCUAUACGAAGGAACGCAUGGAGGCAUUGGAUGUGGCGCACCAACCGGGUUUCUUAUGGCCAGAGGAGCGAGCUCUGAUGCACGCAUUCAUGUGUUUGCAUAACCAGGCGUUCGCUUGGAGCGAUUCCGAGCGAGGAAGAUUCAAGUCGGAGUAUUUCCCGCCAAUCGAUUUUCCAGUCGUACCGCAUCAGCCUUGGGUUCAGAGGAAUAUUCCGAUUCCUCCUGGGAUCUACAAGGAAGUUUGUGCGAUUAUCAAGAAGAAGCUGGAUGCCGGAGUAUAUGAGCCCUCGAACUCAUCAUACCGAUCGCGAUGGUUUUGUGUCGUAAAGAAAGAUGGAAAGUCUUUGCGACUCGUCCACAGUCUCGAACCGCUCAAUGCA